UUUCAGUGCAUGAUCAGGGAGGGUCUAGGCAGCAGCAGAAUCAAGUCCAUUGGAAACAUGAUCAGCACCACAGGCGAUUAUUACGAGGACUACAGCAACUAUCCUAACAUCAGCGAGGACACUGCCCCCUGCAGGCUGGAUGCGGUCGGCGAGUUUGGACGGUACUUCGUCCCCCCGGUCUUCACCCUGGUCUUUGUGGUGGGGCUGGCAGGGAAUGGGCUGGUGCUGGUGGUGCUGGGGCGGCGACGAUGCCCCUGGCACCUCGCUGACCGGUAUCUCUUCCAGCUGGCGCUGGCUGACAUACUGCUGGUGCUAGGGCUGCCCUUCUGGGCUACGCAGUUUGCCCAUGGCUGGGUGUUUGGGGAGGUGCUCUGCAAAUUGGUGGGGGCGCUGUCGGCAGUAAACAGCUACAGCAGCAUCCUGCUUCUCGCUGGCAUCAGCAUCGACCGGUAUCUGGCCAUCGUGCACGCCGUGCAGCUGUACCGGCGCCUGCGAGCCCUGCACCUGCACCUGGCCUGCGCCCUCCUCUGGGCCAUCUGCCUGGCCCUCUCUGUCCCGGAGCUGCACUUCCGCACCGUGCCCUUCCAGCCCCAGGGCCAGGCCUCCAUCUGCCACCGGGGCUUCAAAGCCCAUGAGGCCCAGGCCUGGCGGGUGGUGCUGCACCUCACCUCCUUCUUCCUAGGCUUCCUGUUGCCACUGCUGGUGAUGCUCUUCUGUUAUGGCCGCAUUUUCUGCACACUGCAUCGGGCACAGCUGCCGGCCAGGCCCCGCUCGCUGUGGCUGGUGUUGCUGCUGCUGGCGGUCUUCGUGCUUUGCUGGGCCCCCUUCCACGUCUUCCUGUUGCUGGACAGUCUGCAGCGUCUGGGCUACAUUGGCCGCCACUGCGCCCUGGAGCGGGUGUUGGACUUCGGGCUGCUGGUGACCGAGGGGCUGGGCCUGCUGCACUGCUGCCUCAACCCCCUGGUCUAUGCCUUCGCUGGCAUCAAAUUCCGCAGGGAGCUCUCCAAGCUGUGCUGGAAGGGCCAGCGCCACAGACAGAGCUCGAGCCAAAGACAGAUCCUCUCCACCCGGGAGCAGAGCCACCAUAGAGGGGAAACGUCAGUGCACAGCACCCCAGAGGGGGACACAGACCAUGGCUACUCAGUCAUGCUGUGAGAGUGGCUGGGGACAGUGCGUGCCCUGCUCCAAAAGGCUGGGAAAGGGCCUCUCUGCUCAGGAUCAUCCUAAUCAGGGACACCAGUGAGGACACUGCACACCCUGUGCAUUGCACCCAGCCCAGAUUCCUAUCCCUCCCUCCCCCAGGGACACUAGAACUGGCUCCUGCACAGAGAGACCCUUUCAUCUGUGGUUCCCACCCCCCACCAGCCCCUUUCAAGAAAGGAUGGGGGUGUUGCAACAGCCCCAGGCUGGUUACAAAAUGCCAAGGAUGUAACAUCCUGCCCUGCUGCACAUUCAACUGGGAGCAACUGGGAUCUACCCUCCAGGGUUCAUCUGUCUGUCUGGCUCCAUGCUGGCAACCGGGGCCAAGGGCCCAAGCACUAACAGACACCAAACCACCAGCUCCAACUGCAGGGCCCUUGCAUGGAGAGCUUGGGAAUCAGCUGCCAAAAGAGCUACCCCUUGGAGAACACGGCUCCUCUCAGCUCAGAGACCAAGCCAGUAAGGGCCCAGCCACUCUAGGUGCGGCAGGUUAAACCACAGGAACUCAGCGUUCAGAAACAUCCAGAAUGGCCAUGCCCUGCACCAGAGUGCAGCAGCAGCUCUGACCACGCAGAAUGAUUCCACGCUGCCUCACUGCAGCACCCCUGUACAGCACGGGGGCCAGACUUGGGCCUCUACGCAACAAUGCAAAGCUCAACUAGGCUCGCACCCUAUUACACAUCCUCCCACACUCCAGCAACCCAGUCCCAUCCAGCAGGGGGCAGUGGGACUAGCAUGCCCAUCCCCAGCCAGCACAACACAGCAGCAGUGACCAUAGGCCAUGGCGUGCUACCAAGCUGAAGAUACAGACUCUGCUAUGCUGGAGCCAAUGGUGCUGGGACAGUUUUUAGAGUGAGCAUUCUCAUGUUGACUCUGAGCAGUCUGGGGCAGGGACUGCCCUGUCACCACCCAGCCAGGCUUCUCGACCCUACUGCAAAGCACAUGAUGGUAAAGAGCUCUGCAGCCACCAAAGACUUGCAUGAAUACAUGGGCAUCGGGGUUCCCAGUCUGUGCUCAUCCCAUGUUGGCAUCUCAGACUGGCCAGUUCCCAGCUCCUUUCAGCCAGGGGAGCUUGGCCCAGCGAGCAGGUCUGGGGGAGCCGCUGCAGCUGCAAGACGUGUCUGUACCUGAACACAUUAGUUAUGCUGGGGAGCAACGCCUACAGCAUCAGCCAUAGACUCUGCACCCCACGGGAGCUCCAUCGUGUCCCUCUGCAACAAGAACAGAAUCCUCCCUCUCCCAGCCCAGAUCUCAUGUAGUAGUAGGAUUUUAUGUUUGUAUUUUGUAUAAUUAAAAUGAAGGAUAAAGAAUAAUAAUGUAGCA